AUGAAACGGAUACGCCGGAUAUUCGAGCGCGAAACGGAGCGAGAGGCAUCCUAUGAGCCUCUUGAGGGUGGCUCUGAGCGUCCAGAUGGCGAGCGCAUCGAGGCCUCGGAGACUGCCUUCUCAUGGACCGCCUACUCUGUCUUCCUGCUGCUGGGUGUUGCUAUGCUGUGGGCCUGGAACAUGUUCCUAGCCGCAAACCCAUACUUCCAGCGACGCUUUGAGCGCAACGACAACCUCCUCCGUAACUUCCAGUCGGCCAUCAUGUCUGUAUCGACUGUAGGCAACCUCGGCUCCAUGGUGGUCUUGACCAAGCUCCAGGCGCGAGCCAACUACCCGCACCGCAUAGUUACCUCGCUGAUGCUCAAUAUCGUUGUGUUUACCCUGCUGGCACUGUCCACAAAGCUGUUCCUCGGCGUAUCAGCUGGGGUAUACUUUGCCUUCUUAAUGCUCAUGGUGCUCAGUGCAAGUCUGGCAGCAGGACUAUGCCAGAACGGCGUCUUUGCAUAUGUUGCAGGCUUCGGUCAGGCAGAAUACACACAGGGCAUCAUGACUGGCCAGGGCAUCGCUGGAGUGUUGCCUUGCAUCGCGCAGAUUGUCUCUGUGCUUUCCAUCCCACCCAAGAAGGAGCAUGUCCAUGGCACACCGCAGCAGUCUAGCACUUCUGCCUUUGCCUACUUUCUCACAGCCACAGUCAUCUCUACAGUGGCGUUGUUGGCCUUCCUCUCCCUUCAACGCAAACACAGCUCCAGAGUCCGCCUCGGUGAAGUAGAUGCUACCUCGGCUCCUACCGAACGCAAGAGCAUCCCCCUGACUCACCUCUUCAGGAAGCUCAAUUGGCUGGCCAGUGCGGUAUUCCUGACUUUCGUUGUCACUAUGUUCUUCCCAGUCUUCACGCAGAAGAUUCUCAGCGUGCGAGACCCAGAAUCAGCACCCCGUCUCUUUCAGCCAGCGACAUUUAUUCCCCUUGGUUUCCUGUUCUGGAAUGUUGGAGACUUGCUCGGACGAAUGGGCCCUGCUCUGCCCACUAUACGCCUAACAGCUUACCCAAAGGUCCUCUUCCUGUUGUCCAUCGCACGAGUUGCGUUCAUUCCUCUGUAUCUUCUUUGCAAUGUCGGCGGCAAAGGAGCUGCCGUCAGCUCCGACUUCUUCUAUCUGUUUGUCGUGCAGCUGCUGUUCGGAGUGACGAACGGGUAUCUAGGCAGCAGCUGCAUGAUGGGCUUUGUGGAGUGGGUCGACGCCGACGAGGCGGAGGCUGCAGGUGGCUUCAUGUCACUGUGUCUCGUGGGCGGUUUGACAGUGGGCAGUUUCAUGAGCUUCUUCGCCGCACAGGCUAUUUGA